AUGUCCGGGGUUGUUGCCUACCAGGACGAAUCCACCCCACUGAAAGGAGGGCGCGGCCACGCUAAUCUGGUCUCCAAAUGCAAACUGUGCGGGCGCGAGAACAACCUGGACAUCCUGCAGGACAGCAUCCAACCGUACUGCGCCGACAACACCGAGGAAUUCCGAACCAUGGUCGUGUUCGAGUGCCGCGGGGUUGAACCCGUGGAUUUCUCCCCCAGGGUGGGGUUUGUGGCGGAAGGGGCGGAAUCGGGAUUGAAGUUCGACGAAGUCGAGCUCACGGAGGGAGAGUGGAUGGACUACGACGAGAACGCGCAAAAUCCCGUGGGAAUCACGGAACUAGAGCAUCGCUUUGUGAAAGCGUGA